ACAGUACCGCAUUCUACAGUCACACUUGGAGCUCACAAGACAUUUCUGUGACUUCCUGUUCAUCUUGUUCUAAUCUGUCAGUCAGUGAUUGGUCAGCAGGAGUUUUACGUAGAUUGCUGCAGCCAAUGAGUUUGAUUCCAAUGGUUCCAAAAGCCUCCAAGAUGCCAGAACUACAUGUAUAUAAGGAUGCAACAGAAUUGGAAACCUCAUCGACACAGAGAGCUGGGAGAGAGAAGGUUCGAGGAAGGAAACAUGAUGCUGGUGUGGGUUUUGGUGCUGGCCGCACUGCUUGCCAGUGAUGUGACAGGAGCAAACAAUUCUACCGAACCAGAGGAGACUCUGCAGAACCUUGGAUGUCAUGGACCAUGUCUUCCAUUUUGGCAUUUCGAUCCUUGUACAAAAACCUGUUACCGUUUUUUCAAUCAGAAAUUGCCAUGGGCAUGUGCUGAGCAUCACUGCAGAUCGAUGGGAUCUCGUGGACGUCAUGUACAUCUGGCUUCUAUCAUGUCGUGCCAUCAAAACUCAGUAAUUUCCCACUUGAUCAGGCCUGGGUGUGGAGGAAUACAAAGCGCUUGGAUUGGUCUCAACGACAGAUGCUGUGAAGGUCAUUUCAAAUGGAUUGAUGGAUCUGCGUACAGUUACUCACACUUUGCUUGUGGAGAACCUAAUAACUCUGGCAACGAAGAUUGUGUGGAAACUAACUUUAAUGGUGUGGGAUUGUGGAAUGAUCUGUCAUGUAACGUACGCAGGAGUUUUGUUUGUUCCUACAGAACGUGCCACAAUUAGAAGACUCCAGAAUCAUUCCCUCAUCCUUUCCAGCAGUGGAUCCAGUGCUUUGAUUUCUU